AUUAUUACUAUUAUUAUUAUUAAGAUGACAGGCACUGGUUCCCCUUGUGGUGCUUGCAAAUUUUUGAGAAGAAAAUGUAUUAAAGGAUGUGUAUUUGCUCCUUAUUUUUGCUAUGAACAAGGUGCUACACAUUUUUCAGCUAUUCAUAAGGUGUUUGGGGCUAGCAAUGUGUCUAAACUCUUAGCUCAUAUACCUGUGAGUGAUCGAGGAGAAGCCGCGGUCACCAUAGCUUAUGAAGCUCAAGCUAGACUUCAAGAUCCAAUUUAUGGUUGUGUUUCACAUAUAUUCGCUCUUCAGCAACAGGUUGUUAAUUUACAAGCACAACUUGCUUCACUCAAGGAACAAGCUGCAGCUCAAAACAUACAACAUGGUUCAAAUUAUAUUGCAAACCCUAAUUAUGACAAAUUUCAAGAUGUUCAAAGUUGGUUUCAUCAUCAAUCUGAAAAUCCAAACACUAUGCCUCAAUUUGAUCAUUCUAUUUCUAGUUUGACAAGUAACAAUAAUAUUGGAUCAUCAAUCCCAUAUUAUGAUGAAAACAAUUACAACAACAUGACCUCAAAUGAUCAUAAUUACCAUAUGGGGAAUAAUUAUGAGAAUAUUAAUUUUGUGGUUCCAAUUAAGGAAAAUAUGUCAAGUUUUGAAGAAGGUGGAUCUUGCUCAGUAGAUUCUUCAUUUGACAACAACAAGCAAUGGACAUUUCAAGAUCAUGAUGUUGUUGAUGACCUCCAAUCAGUUGCCUUCAGAUAUCUUCAACAUUCUUGAGUACUACUACUACUAAGAUUGAUUAAUUACUCUUGUCAAUUUUGUA